GACCUGUAGCCUGCCCUGCCCACGACACCCUGCUCAGCGCGGCCACCAUCUCUGCAUCGGACAUGAAGAUGUGCGGCGCCACUGGGAAGUGGACCUACUUCAAUGCCGUCAACUUGCUGAACGACGCAAGCCUGUAUGCAACCUAUACUGGGAAUACGGCAGGCUCGAGCGUAAACAUUGGGCAAGUCCCCUUCCUUGAUGGCCGGAGUGGCUUCCAAUCAGGCACCAACAUGGCCAAUGCUCGUUCUGUUAUGCUUCACUCAGCCGAUGCUGCAUCCAGCGCGGUGCUCCUCACGAGCGGGACGAUUACACCGCAGGUUGACUUUACAGGUGAAGUCGCUGGCACAUGGCGCAGCUAUGGGGUGGUCUUCUACUGCGACGACUACACUCGCACGGACCUGACCACGUGUGCCGAGGCCAAUCGGAAGAUGAUGUACGUUGCGGAUCCCAACCCAGAGGAGCAGUUUGGCACAACAGCAAGCAUGAGCAGCACUGGACAGGACACGCUGCCGGAUGGGUCGACGUCUGGUGACCUUCGAGCGUUGGCUGGAGCUGUGCUGGGACAAGAGCUUUGCCACGAACUGACUCCGGAUGCGGAGCACUGCACAUGGGAUGCCGAGGCUGUCAUGCAGGAGAAGGACGAGUAUUGCGAGGACCACAUCUGCGAAGAUGCAUCCCUGCUCCAGCGCUCCGAAAGCGACGAAGUCGGGAUGUUGCAGCGGCGCAGCGGCGAUGGCGUUACUCUGGCGGCAAACAAUACCGUUUUGGACUGCAGUCACAGGGUACAUUUCUGCCAGCGUUUGUGCCACAGCGUGCUCGCCACCACUGACGGGGGCAAGCACGCGUGCAUGCAGUAUUGCGACAACGACAAGAGCUUCACGCACGUGAAGGACAUCUUCCAGUCCUGCUGCUAG